AUGGUGGCACCCGACACGCUUCAGAGAUGCCGUCUUCCUCUCACUUCUUUAUUUCUCACCCUGUCCUUGUUAAACCCAAAAUGCACUGUAACAUCCACUGCAACAUCCACUGUAACAUCCACUGUAACAUCCACUGCAACAUCCACUGCAAUAUCCACUGUAACAUCCACUGUAACAUCCACUGCAAUAUCCACUACAACAUCCACUGCAACAUCCACUGUAACAUCCACUGCAACAUCCACUGCAACAUCCACUGUAACAUCCACUGCAACAUCCACUGCAACAUCCACUGCAAUAUCCACUGUAACAUCCACUGUAACAUCAACUGCAAUAUCCACUACAACAUCCACUGCAACAUCCACUGUAACAUCCACUGCAACAUCCACUGUAACAUCCACUGUAACAUCCACUGUAACAUCCACUGCAACAUCCACUGCAAUAUCCACUGCAACAUCCACUGUAACAUCCACUGCAACAUCCACUGCAACAUCCACUGUAACAUCCACUGCAACAUCCACUGCAACAUCCACUGCAAUAUCCACUGUAACAUCCACUGUAACAUCCACUGCAAUACCCACUACAACAUCCACUGCAACAUCCACUGUAACAUCCACUGCAACAUCCACUGUAACAUCCACUGUAACAUCCACUGUAACAUCCACUGCAACAUCCACUGCAAUAUCCACUGUAACAUCCACUGUAACAUCCACUGCAAUAUCCACUACAACAUCCACUGCAACAUCCACUGUAACAUCCACUGCAACAUCCACUGCAACAUCCACUGUAACAUCCACUGCAACAUCCACUGCAACAUCCACUGUAACAUCCACUGGAACAUCCACUGCAACAUCCACUGCAACAUUCACUGCAACAUCCACUGCAACAUCCACUGUAACAUCCACUGGAACAUCCACUGCAACAUCCACUGCAACAUCCACUGCAACAUCCACUGCAACAUCCACUGCAACAUCCACUGCAACAUCCACUGUAACAUCCACUGUAACAUCCACUGUAACAUCCUCAUCUCUGUGACUGCCAUAACUUGGUCUUCCCUCUUUCUUGUACCCCAGCACUCGGCC